UUAAGAUAGUUACGGCUCCUCCUCCGUCAAAUCAAAUCUCUCUGAAGUCCGAUUAGAUUUGGCGGUGAGUGAUGAACGGCGCAUCUCCGGCUCAUUCGUUGGUAUCGACGACCGCCGUAGCUGGUGGCGGUGGAAGCAGCGGCGCCACCGCUGGUCUAGACGAUUUCCAUUUUCCACCGGAUAUUCCCUCUAUGCAAGACCGAAAAGACGAAGCUAUGCGUGUUUUGAAAGCUGAUUUGAUGGCUGAACUUGACAAAGAGGUUAAAUCUUUGGAAGAAGAUAGUUGGAUGUUCGAAGGUCCUCGUUCUCGAAUCCAUCUUAUCUCCAGAAGAGGUAACUUUCUAAAGAAAGAAGGUGUAGCUGUGGCGAGAUCAAGCAUUAUUCAGCUGCCUAGAUGAUCAGAUUCAAGUAAGAAAAAUUUCAGAAAUGGUCGUAAGGUUAUGGUGUUCGUCACACAUGUCACUUUAUUUCUAUCCAUUUUAAAGGGAUAACAUUAGCUUAUUCCAAUGUUGUUAAUAAUUGUUUACAAGUGAUGAGUGUCUGUUACCACCAAUAUGAAUGAGUACUUUAGAGUAUCUGUAUAUCAAUGUUCUCAAGAAUCUAAAUAUCAAACUUUCAUUUUUAUGAUAUUAUCAAGGACAGUUUUUAA